AUGUCCUACAACUGCUCCACAAGAAACUGCUUUUCCAGGCCAACUGGAGGACACUGCGCUGUCCCGGUGGCCCCAGUUGCCACGGCUUCUACCCAGGAUGCCGACUGCCUGAGCGGUAUCUAUUUGCCCAGUUCCUUCCAGACUGGCUCCUGGCUCCUGGAACACUGUCAGGGGACCACUUGUGAGUCCGCUCCGUGCCAGCCCACCUGUUACCAGCCAAAUCCUUGUGCCUCCAGCGCUGGACAGGUGACCUGCUCUCGACAGACCACCUGUGUCUCUAAUCCUUGCUCAACCACCUACAGCCGGCCAGUCACCUUUGUCUCUAGUGGCUGUCAGCCCCUGGGUGGCAUCUCUACCGUGUGCCAGCCAGUAGGAGGAGUCUCCACGGUCUGCCAACCAGCCUGCGGGGGCUCCAGGACGUACCAGCGGUCCUUCAUGUCCAGCUGUCGGAGAACUUGCUAAGUGCGUGGGAGCCAGUGAGCGGAUCAAGUCUCCAGGACCCGCCAGCGGUGUUUCCAGGCUCGUCCAGGAAGCUGCCUGUCCCUGAACAACUCUUCCUUGCUGAUGCCUCUUCUG